UCUCACAAGUCUUUCUUCCUGGACAAGUGCGUUUCAUACUGUUUCUAUUCAGAACUAUGCUCCUCGAGAGCAAUCCACAGCAUCCUGAAAAGGUUUGACAGUCAACACAACGAAGGGCGGUACAUUAACAAUGUCAUCGUCCCAUCCUUCGUACUCUUCCGGGACGAACACAUUUUGCCGCCGUUUAAUCAAUCUCCAUGCCAACGCAGACUCGGUGCUCUAUCUCCUCAAAGAUCAUUAUCUCUCUUUUGGCCCUCCUCUUGCUUGUUCAACUAUACAGGCUCGAUCACCAGUGGUUAUGGGAAAGGAUAAGAGGCGAGCAGUCAAAGCUGAGGUUGAGAACGAGGCAGAGGGACAGGCCACACCGCGCAAGAAGCGCGUCGGGACAACAAUAACACUCGAAGCGAGUCGCCGAUCUACUCGCAAGAUCACCUUGACCAAGAAAGCCCACAUCAACAAGGAGCGUCUCAACAACGCAACCACCACCGCCACGAUGAGCGACAACGAAGUCCCGUACAUCCUGGCUCCCCAGCAUCCACCUCCCAAACUGGAGUUGUCUGAACCCACCGUCGAUCAUCUCGAGCCUCCGAUCAAGCAGUCCUGGAGUGACAGUCCAGACGUCGAGGCCACCGUCCAGGGAAGCCAGGUUGUCAUCAAGAAGAAAGUCUGGCAUGAGCCGACUCCCGUCCCUGAACCCCCUGUCACGGUCAUGACAAGCGGUGCCCCAGAUGAGAUGCCCGAGUCUCGUGCCAUCCUCUCCCCGUCUCUCUCUGCUGCAAAUCCUGUUCCAACUGCCGCCAAUCCGGUUCACACUGCUACCAACCCGAUCCCCACUGCUAACAAUCCGUCCCUCGCAGCUGUCCAGGUCUCUACUGCACAACGCGUCAAUCGCAACCCCAACACCAUCGACGUUGGCCCGAUGUUCCACUACUUUGGCUACAGCAACGAUCUCAGCCCCCUCUACAUCGAGCACUUAUGCCCUGGUUCCGUCUUCAUCAGCGUCGCCAAGCUCCCGGGCUUCAAAUGGACCAUCGGCACUCGCGGCUACCCCAUCAUUGUCCCCUCCCCCGCCCCCGACGCCCUCGUCUACGGCAUGCUCUACGCCAUCCCCAACGAAUUCAUGGACACGCUGCACGCGCGCGCCCUCAAGCGCGGCGCCAUCCCCACCAACAUCACCGUCGACAUUUACGUCAAGCCCCCUCCGAGCCCCUCCAAUUUCGGCUGGGGAUACGGCGCGCUCGGCCAGCAGCACCUGAGAGGUCAGCGCGUGGCGCGCGUCUGCGUCGGUGAUCCGGAUGAUGCGGAUGGUGUCCUGCUCUCGGGCGAGAAGGGCGAUGCGCUUAUCAUGCGCCUGAAUCGCGGCUUUGUGGAGGCUAUCAUGGAAGGGUUCCCGGACGAGUAUGUCUUGGAGGUGUUUAGGAAGUGGAUCCCGUACCCGAAGACCCCGGUGGGCAUUAUUUGGUAGAUGGCUGGGUGCAUGGCACUUGAAGCUUGUUUGGUCUUGGGCGCGGCUGAAAUCGAUGCUUGGGUUUUGUGGGAGGGAGUUCAGGGCGCUCUUGAUGAUUGUGUUGGGGAUCAUCACUCGGUCAGUCUUGAGAAAAAUAGGCAGUAAAGGUACAUGAGCGUUGGGAAUGGUUUCACAUGGAUCGGUUCAUUAGUGUGGAGCGAGA